AAGAAAGAUGGCUCUUAUCUUCCAUUCAUCUGAGAAUAGGAUUGCGUGACUUCUCUUCUUUACCUUUCCCCUUUCAUCUCAUUUCCUCUCUCUUUUAUUUAUUUUUUAUUGGAUUUCCAUAGAAGUUCUUGAGCAUCACGUAUGUCCUUCUCUUCUUCGACAACAAGCAUCAAUACCUGAAAAAAAUAUCAAGUUCCUACUUCCAUACUUCGAAACACGAAAAACACAUCUCAAAGACCGCCUUCUCCAUUGAUUCCAUUCAUUGGAUUUUGAUUUUAUGUAGAAAUCCUGACUUGGGUAUUGAUCCAAAUCGGUGAGAAUCUCAUCACCGAUUCCGUGAUCGAAAAAUAUCCAACAGAAGGAAAUUUUCAACUACAACCUCAAUGGUAAAGGUCUUUCCUUCAUACUUUUCUGGGUUUUUUAUCAAGGGGAAGAACCAAACUUCUCCUUUGGAUGAGGAUGCUCGACAGUUCUGUUCUUCUCUUUCGAAGGAUAUCGAAAGGCUGGAAUGCUCGUUGGUUGAUGGAUCGAUUUCUCUUCGAUGGUCUGCAGAAGCCAUGAAUGUUCUAAAGAAGAUGCACUUUGAGUUCCUUCUCUUCGUCGAGAAAUCAAGACCGCCCAUCUCUUCAGAAGGCAAGGAUUGGUUGGAUCAGUACAUGAAAGAAAGUGUGAUGUUGUUGGAUUUCUGCAACGUGUUGAAAUCUGCUGUCUCUCGGAUCGAAAGGUACCGGAUGGUGGUCGAGUUCACAGUAAGAAAAUUGAAUGACGAUGAUACUUCUAUUGAGACGAAGAAGAUUGAAAUGGAGAGACUGGAAAGAGAGUGUAAGAAGAACCCAGCUAUCAUUGAGAAAUGGGGAGAUGCAAGAUUAGAUAAAAUCAUAUGGGAAUGUAAUGAAAGCAAGAAAGGUAUAACUCCUGUUAUGUUUGCUAUUAAGAGUACUGUGAUGAUCAUAACCUCUCUCCUCUUUUCUGCAUUUAUUUCAACGGCUACUGUCGACGUCGGCGACAGAGAAGCCUGUCGCAAAUUUCCUCAAUUAGGUCUAUUUGGAUCAUCGCUUAUGACGUUGGUUUAUCGUUAUCGGGAGAGGAUUCAAACACCCAAGGCAAAUUCAGGAAUGGGUCUUGUGGAACAUGAAAUGGUCGAGAGGGCAGUCGAUGAUCUGAAAGCUCAGAUUGCUGGAGGGAUGGUUGAGGGAAGAGAGAAGGUUGUGAGGUCUGUUGAAGUUCUAAAUAAAAGGUCUGUUGAUCUCAAGGAAAGUCUGCAGAUGUUUGAUUCUGCAGUGAAUGGAGUUUUUGAUGAGGUUAUUAAAGGAAGGAAUAAGCUGUUGGGAAUGUUUGGCUCUACUUAUCUGAUAUAGUUGAAUUGCAAUGUUACAAUUAUGUGAAUGUGGAAAUAUGGUUAUGCUUCUUUCCUCUUUCUUUCUAUUAUGUGAUGAAAAUAUUAUCAUGUUAAUAGAAACUGAGCUUUGGGUUUCAUUCAAAAACCAUUUACCUACAUUGGGGUGUGUUUGGAUGUCCUAUUGAUUUGGAUUGUAAUUUGUUUUAUGAAGUUCAAAUAAUCAAGUUACAAUUUCCUUC